CCGAGAAAUGGACACGUUUUCCAACACGAUGCCAAAGAGGACAGAGCAAAUGGAGAUAACUUUAUAAAUUUUUCUGUAACACUGUGAGACUUUAGAAAUGACUUUGGGACCCUUCGAAUUCACUUCGGAGUCUUCAAAUAGGCUACGCAAAGGAACAAUGUGUACCAGACUCGACCAUUCAGGAUGCUCCGGAUGAGCCACUGGAGACCCGUUUAGUCUGUAAGAUUAAUUUUACACCCAGGUUUUGACAUGAGAUGAAUCCAAAACUCUUGGCAGCAGCGACUUAUUAGCAGUCCAUGGAAGCAUUUUUUUAAUACAAGUUAAUUUGAGAAUGAGGAACAAGUAUGCAGUCAUCCUUAUCUGCAUUGUGGCACUUGUCAUCAUUGAAAAGGAAAACAACAUUAUUUCAAGGGUCUCAGAUAAGCUGACAAUCCGACGAACAACACAGACUCUGGAGCCUCCGGUGCUCUACAAUGCUUCCAAUGCGCUAGUCGUAAUGGAGGGCAACAGUUCCAAUCCAGAGGAGAUGUAUGCUGAGAAUGGCACUCAGUUAUUAAGGGCAGGUCAGAAGCACAUCCUUUUGAUGGCUACAACUCGUACAGGUUCCUCCUUCGUGGGCGAGUUUUUCAACCAACAGGGUGCCAACAUGUUUUACCUCUUUGAGCCACUAUGGCAUGUGGAGAAAAUGUUAGCGAUUGGCACGAGUGGCACUAAUACUAGUGCAGCUGUUUGGGUGUACAGGGAUGUCCUGCAGCAUCUCUUCUUGUGUAACUUCUCCAUGUUGGAGCGCUUCAUCAGUCCUCCUCCUCAGGAUCAUGUUACCCCUGCCCUUUUCCGUAGGGAGUCCAGUAUAGCCCUGUGCGAGGAGCAAGUCUGCACUCCUGUCAUCAAAGAGGUUUUUGAGAGGUACCACUGCAAGAUAAGGCGGUGUGGACCGCUCAAUCUGACCUUGGCGUCUGAGGUCUGCCAUGCAAAAAAGCACAGAACAAUCAAAUCUGUGAGGGUCCAGCAGCUGGAUACGCUUCGUUCCCUAGUGGAGGACCCUCGAUUGGAAAUCAAACUCAUACAGCUGGUGAGGGACCCGCGAGCCAUCCUGGCAUCAAGGAUGGUGGCUUUUGCCAGUAAGUAUCAGAACUGGAAAAGUUGGGCUGUGAAUGGAGAUGUGCCUAUCGAGGAUGAGGAGAUGAAACGCCUAGAAGGAAACUGUAACAACAUCCGCAUGUCCGCAGAGCUGGGCUUGAGUCAGCCUAAAUGGCUGGAAAACCGUUACAUGCUUGUACGUUACGAGGAUAUCGCCAGGUAUCCCAUGCAGAAAGCAGCUGAAAUGUACAAUUUCACAGGGAUUCCAUUCACGACACAAGCAAGGGACUGGAUCCUUAAGAACACACAUGCUUCAACUGAGGCCAGUGGUGUGUUUUCUACCCAAAAAAACUCCUCAGAACAGGUGGAAAAAUGGCGGUUUAGUAUACCGUUCAAACUAGCCCAAGUAGUACAGCAAGUUUGUGGACCAACCAUGAAGCUUUUUGGGUAUAGAUUUAUAGACAAUGAACAGAUGUUGAUAAACAGAUCUUUUAGUUUGCUUGAAGAGAAAGAAUUUAAUUGGUCAUAGAUUCAAAGGUUUUUUUUUUUAUUUUUUUUUUUUUGUAACUUUUUAUAGAUACAUUUUAAAAUGUGAAAGGUUUUGUAAAAAAAAAAAAAAAAAAAGAGAACGUG